ACACAUCUUCCGAAGUGCACUGGAAUGUUUCAAAGAUGGCGCAUGGAGGGGUGUCUGUUGCUGACUGCUGGGUGAAUUUUCAAAGGAAAUAAUCGGAGUAAACGUCGAUGAUGUGUUAUUGUUGACAUACAGAAAUUAUUUGUUUUGUGUUUGUGUUGCGUAGUGUUAAAAUAAUUGACUUCCCUAGUUUCGUUGCCUUUACUACCAGCUCAAAAUCUAUUUGUUGAUGCAAGAAUAAACUGUCACCGAAAGGUGUUCGCAGUGAAUGUAAGACUCAAUCAUUACCGCCGCGCCGGCACUCGUUCGCUGCUUUAGUGUUCGACCAUCACCUCGGCUGCUUGCACGAGGUCUAGCGGACCACGUUUGAUAUCUCGGCAUCAAGAUGGUUGUAAGUGACGCGAGCAUCCACAACAUAAUGGGAGGGAUGGAGAGCACUGGUGGUGUGCGUCUCCAUAACCACCGAAGGAAACUGAAGCAGAGGUUUGACAUAAUUAAGAAGCUGGGGCAAGGCACAUAUGGAAAAGUACAGCUAGGCAUAAACAAGGAGACUGGGCAAGAGGUUGCUAUAAAAACUAUUAAAAAGGCGAAGAUAGAGACAGAAGCAGACUUGGUAAGGAUACGAAGAGAAAUUCAGAUUAUGUCAUCUGUGCAGCAUCCAAACAUCAUUCACAUAUAUGAAGUAUUUGAAAAUCGUGAAAAGAUGGUACUUGUUAUGGAAUAUGCUGCUGGAGGAGAACUGUAUGACUACUUGAGUGAAAGGAAAGUUCUUUCCGAAGAUGAAGCUCGACGAAUAUUUAGGCAAAUCUCAACAGCGGUUUACUACUGUCACAAGCACAAAAUUUGUCACAGGGAUUUGAAGCUGGAAAAUAUUCUUCUGGACGAACAUGGUAGUGCAAAGAUUGCAGAUUUUGGUUUGUCGAACGUCUUUGAUGAGCAAAGGUUGUUGAAUACCUUUUGUGGCAGUCCUCUGUAUGCUUCACCUGAGAUUGUUAAGGGAACUCCUUACCAUGGCCCUGAAGUGGACUGCUGGUCACUUGGUGUUCUAUUAUACACAUUGGUUUAUGGAGCAAUGCCUUUUGAUGGCUCCAAUUUCAAACGUCUUGUGAGACAAAUCUCCCAAGGAGACUACUUUGAACCAAAGAAACCAUCACCUGCAUCACCUUUAAUUCGAGAAAUGCUGACUGUAACACCUGGUCGGAGAGCUGACAUUGAGAAGAUAUGUUCCCAUUGGUGGGUGAAUGAGGGAUAUGGAGAGUCUUGUUUAGAAAUAGCAGAAGAACUGGCGAACCAAACACCUGUUCGUCUGGAUCUCCUGCUGUCACUAGCACCACCUGCACCAAAUGUUGGCAGUGACAAGUUGUUAGUGGGAGCUGAACAGGAUGGAGCUGCUACUGGUAUGGGAAAUGAUGUCUUAACAUCAGUACCAGCCCGCUGUCAUUCUGUAGGCAGCCUUAUGGAACUUGACCAUCGUCCAUCAGAUGUUAUUUUGGAAGAUGUUGCAGGCAAGGAUACGGCAAAGAGGAAACUUGAAGGAGGUAUCUCCACAGAAGAAGCAAAUCGGGGUGCAGCUAAAAGGAAAGAAAGAAGUAGACGCUCAACUCGUGAACGAAGCUCAGAACGACACAGAGGUCGAUCAAGUAGUAGGAGUAAGCAGAAAUCUGAUUCAGUAUCUACCGAGGAGCCAAUGGAAGUGGACUCUGGAGUGGUGGAUGUUGAUCGUUCCCUUCAGGGAUCUGUUGAAACUAUUGUUGGGUCAGUGAAGACGGCCACAUCUAGUGUAGACACAAUUCCUGGCAGUAGUGUUCAAAUGGAUGAAGGUCUGGAGACUAUGGCCAGUAGUACACCAAAGAACAGGACAGCCACAGAUUUGGUUAAAGAGUUUGAAGAAAGUGAACCCCUUUCACCAGAAAAUGAAUGUUCUGCAAAGCCACAGGACAAUGUACAAAUGCCGGAUGAUGAAGGGGAAAGUGCAAAAAUUAAAGUGAAGCGGAAAAAGAAAGUAGUGAGUGAGAGUAAAGGUGUAGCUGAGGAUUCGGGGCCACAGGUGUUGGACCAUGUAAACUCGGAAACCGUUUCUGUGUUGGACAAUACAAAAGUUCCUACCGUAUGUGAUAAUGUGAAAAAUGACAGCCCUGUUACUUUGGAAGCUGCCAUGCAGAACAGUCUGAUAGGUGAUCAUAUAAAUGCUGAAGUUAGUGAAACAGCAAGUUCUGUUGGAGAGUUAGAUGUGAAUGGUGUUAGUAUAAAUGGUACAUCAGCUGCUGUGAGUCCUCCAGUUGAUAUUCCAAAGAAGAUUGGUACCAAAACGAGAAGAAGUAGAGGUGAACUUAGUUUAGGGAAGUUGGGCUCAGGAUCAGAGAAAUCAUCUGGUGCAAACACACCUGAGGAUACAGCUUCACCUCCUUCAAAACCAAUGGAACGGAGACGCUCAAAAAUAUUUGAGACAGCUGAAAAAUUUAAUAUGUUAGCAGGUGCUGAACCAAAAUCUCCUACACCUGAAAAAGCAAAGAAAGUGUUCAUACCUGGUGUGAAAGUUAGUGAUGCAAAAAGAGCAUUUGAAAAGAAAUCAUCAUCUGCUGUUUCUGUACCUAGCUUAGCAAAAUCUUCAUCUUCUAAGAAGACUGAAGAUUCAAAAACUGAAAUUUCUGACAUAGAAAAUUAUGAAUCAACAGUAGAAGAGAAUAAUGCAUUUUUGAACAACAAAGAUGCACUUCCAAUAACAAAAGCAAUGAAUGGUGAAGAAGAAAUUGUUGCAGUACAAAAUGAGACAAAUGCUGUUAUAAAUGAAACAAGCAAGAAACUGUCCGAUUUGGAGCUGAAUGAUCAGCCUGUGCCAUGUGUAAACGAAUCUCCAGCAGUAUUACAAAAAGAAGACUCACUGAAAUUCAUUCCUCCUUUGAAAACAUCCGAGAAGCCCAACAAACAAGAAGAAGCCCGAAUAAAAAAGCUGAAAGAUGCUGUUGAAAUAAUCAGCAAUGCAAUUACUGAAGGACAUCGUAAAGAAGCUGGAGCAGAUAACACGAAGAAAGGGACAGCCACAAAGCCUCCUGUACCUGUUCCACAGGAGCUUAAAACAAAGACAAAAACAAUGAACAUUACAACCCCACUUUCUCCAAAGUCUCCUCCCCUGUCUCCUGUAGAUCUUCAGACCGAAGUUCCAGAGAGAAGAACAGACAAAGAACCUGAUAGUAACGAUUAUGCUUCUGGGAUGAACACUGAUGCUGCAAAUAGAAAGAAAUCCUCUAAAGUAGAAAUAACACUGAAGUCAGCAACAUUACCAAGGAGAAAAACCUCAAAAGCAGAGAUUCGACUGAAUUCACCCAGUAUUGCACCUGCUGGUUUUCAUACUGAGGUAUCUCAUAUGAUUGAGCCAGCAGAGCUGACUUCUCAGAGAUCUGAAGCAGCAUUCCCAGUUUCUGUUGCUGCACCUAAACAGCCACCUAGAUCAGUUUCUCUGGAGCCUGAAGGAAGAGUCAGCAAGCCACGAGAACACAUCAUUCCUAUUCAUGUGGAGGAAGGAAAUGCAGUGCGGCCACCUGUACCCCCCACACAGCAACGAGUGUAUACUUCUCAGAGAUCUGGGAGCCUAUCUCGUCAGAGCACUCAAGAUUCAGAUACGGACAGUACAGUAUCAGUUGGGCCAGAACCUAUCAGGAAAUCUCCACGUGAAUACAUCAUUCCUAUAGCAGUAGAAGGUGGAGGAUAUGUUACACCAAGGGCUGGUAGCUUGGAGCCAUCUAUUUCAGAUGAAAACAACACCAAACCUAGACAACGGAAGACAAGUCGAUUUGGUAGACACCGCAGAAUGAGCGGGCUGCUCAGUGAUGCUAGUGAGGAUGAAGGGUUUAAUAGCCCAUUUGCCACACUCCAACGUCAUAGCUCACUGAGUCGAGAUAAGGAACCUGAAACACCUGAGGAAGAGAAAGGCGCAUUCCACAUGCACAGACUUAGGAGCUCCAGGCCAAACAGAAGUACACUAGAACGAAAUGAUAGCCUCAGUUCUGCAGAAGAUGACGACGAUGAUGAUGGAUUUGAAAUUCUUACUGCUGAAUCCUUAUUCUCAACUCUAUUGUCAAGGGUUCGUAGUUUGACACAGCGCCUCAAUGUGGAAGAUGGUGCUCGACCAGGUUUUCCUACCAGCACUCUGAUGAGCCAGCUAAAAAAUGUUGGUCGCACACCGCCUUCACGUUUCUGGAAUAGCAUGGGAGAACCACUUUCAAGCUAUCGCUUAGUGUAUGAGGAGAAGAAGAUAUCUAAAUUGCAGAGGCUCUCGGAAACUUCACAUUUUUCAAGACCAUUUAGUCGGGAUCAGGAUAUUCCAUGGCGUCGUAGUGCUAGCCGAGAUGUGUCCGACUCUGGUAGCGUGUACAGUGACAACAGUGGAACAGUCCCAAGAGGUUCUGCGCAGCCGAGCAGCGGGGCCGUGGACGGCGAUUUCGGCUCGUCGGAGCCGGCUGCGCCUGCGUCGCCGUCGCCCUCGCCGUCGACGUCGUCGAUGUCGAUGCCGCAGUACACGCCCAGCCUGAGCCGCCGCAUGCUGCCCGACGCCGGGCGCCGGCUGUCGCGCACCUCGUCCGUGCGCGACGAGCGGCCGCUGCCGGCGCGCUGGUCGCCGCAGGUGGACGCGUCGCUGCCGCCCGCGCCGCGCCGCAGCGGCUCCGGCUCGUCGUGCGGGUCGCUGCCGCCGCUGCCGCUGCCGCUGCCGCUGCCGCGCCGCCGCACGCUGCUGCCGCCCGUCUCCUACCGCGCCAGGGAGCGGCUCUCGGUCGCCGGCAUCGACGACACGCUGGAGCGGAUCCGCGCCGAGCGCAGCGCGGCCGGCCUGGGCGUAGGCACUGGCGCGGGCGAGGCGUUCGCCGACCGCUACCGGCCCAGCCACAUCCCCGCCGUGUCGCGCUUCCCCCGGCGCUCCGCCUCUUUCACCCACGACUACGACUACGGCCGGAGGGCCUUCGACAACACCGCAGUCCAGGAGCACAGGCGCGGCGAGGCGCACUCCGCCAACUCGCCGGAUAGGUCAGUGCUGGGGAAAUUCCUGCGCCAAGACACGCACCAGCCCGGCGGCCCUGUUGCGGAAGAGAAGAAGACUGGUAGCAUCACUUCGGAGUCCGCCGCCGCCACCUCCGAGGGAGUGGAUGCCGUGACGAAGAAAAAGACACGCAAGAUAUCGCGCUUCUUGCGCCCCGAUUUCUUCGACACGCCCAGAGAGGAAAGCGUGUACGCCAAGGAGAAAGAGGCGCAGAAAUCGGCGGAGGCGGAAGCUAAGAAGGCGAAGAGGCUGGCUAGGCGAGCUGCUCUGCUCGAGAAGAAGCAGGCAGAAAUGUCCAAGGAAACGAAAUCUGAGACCAAAACGCCCGACGGCCCGGCAGUCGGCGCCCCCCAACAGAGUCCUGGCGACGCGUCAGCUCCCGAGUCCAGCGGCGUCGCCAACGGAAAACCUGACACCGGCAAGAACCGCUUCCUGCAUUCGCUCGAGAAGAAACUGGAGAAGCUCCGUUCUGGCGGUGGAGACGCCGCAGUGUCGAGUCGCGUGGAGCAAGCCAUCAACUCGCUGAGGAAGCAGAGUGCGACGAGCGAUGUCCCGUCUGAGUCCGCACUGCUCAAGCGCGCCGUCUCCGUCGACGACGUCCGCCUUCCGUCGUCCGCGAGACCCGUCUCUUCGGUGCUCGGACUGCUGCGGCGAAUGGAGGGUUCCUCAGGUAGGAGGACGCAGUCUGUGUAUGCCGGCGCCACGAGCGAUACUGUGCUGUUGGGUGACUGUGCCGCCAGAGAAAAGCAGAAGCCCGAGAGGAAGAGAAAGGACGCAGGCACGACAGCCUCUCUGCACAGUGCCGAGCCCUCGGCAGACCACCUUUUACCGGCAGCUGCCGGUGGAAUCGGGACUAAGGGGGAUCACAAGGUGCAGCCGAACAAGAGCAUCAGGAAGGACGACAUUUCUGACCAAACUCGAUCUGACGGGAAGCGACAGACACAGAAGAAUCCCUUUGGGGACCAACGUAACCGUAAAAAGGAAAACGUGGACGUUCAAAACCCAUAUUCAGAAGAUAAAAGUGUCACUAAGGAUACAUCUACGAAUGAUAAGUCAUCAAAAACAACAGAAAACGCAAAAUCAUCAUCAUGUGUAAGCUCCUCAAUUUCAGGAAAAGCCAAAUGUAACGAGAGUUCCAACACACGUGAUGUACUGACAUCAUCUACAGGCACCCAUCGCCAGUCAGCAAUCAGCAAUGCCCCUCUUAAGGUAAAAGAAGAAAACAUUUCCAAAACUAAAAGUCAAAACGCGAAGGAUAACGGCGUUCUCACAUACCCAGAUGCUGAAACAGCUACAUCGGAACAGAAGAGUUUUAUCACCAAGCCAGCUCCCAACCAGAAAGCACAAUGUAAGAAUAUAAAUGAAAGUGUCAGACCUGUCCUGAGAGACGAUAAUUACAGCUGCAGUAGUUACGCCACUGGGAGUCCAGGAUAUGUGCCACGACUAUCGAAAGAUAGUAGCAACGCCAUUGCUGCCAGAAACCUGACAGCUACAGAGUCAGUUAAACACCAACUUGAACAAGGAGGGAAUAUAUUCAAUGAUGUUUCAGCAAACAGUAACCGGAGGGAUAUCGGGAAGCUCACACUAAAUUUACCAAAGAUAGAGCUGCAAGGCACCAACCACUACUCUCAUCUAAGUCCCCUUGGCCAGGAGGAUUACGCAUCAACACUAUCACCUGCGGAUGAGUCGGAAAGCAUUGAUUCUUGGUCCGUUUGCUCCGAUUUGGAAAGUCGUGAUUUCUCCCUGUCCUCUUAUCCAAAGACGCCAUCUCCUGUACUGGAAGACGAAACAGUUGAAGAAAGGAUACGCCGCAAGAGUUUCUACACACGGUUCAAUGAUAUAAGAAGGAAAAGUCACAGGAAAUCUUCCUCUGGACAUUUACUGGGGCUAAAAGAGAGUGUCUCAAGGAAGUCCAGCUUCUCAGAUGCGCCGUCGCUGGCUGUGCAUCCAAAGAAGGCCACACGCAGCCAGUCACUUUACAACCCCAGCGACAUAGAAGCGUUUACCGACAGUAAGGCCGCUACCUACGACUCGGGAUCAGUUAUGCAAGGUGUGAACCUCAUGAAUGCAACCACGCCAUCCGCCCACACCAACACUGGCAUACUGCAAAAUGGAUGUGGCAAGAAGGAAUCAGCUCCCUCAGAUGCAAUUAACAGUGAUCGCGAUCCGCAGUUCGCUGCUUCAGCGCAGGACAGUGUCAGGCGUGACAGUAUCAAGACCUAUCCUGAAAUUAAUGGUCAGAAAGAGGAUUCCCUUGAAAUCAGAACUGACAAUCAUAGGAUACCGACAGUUUCUCGAUCAAAACUGCCGACUCUCGACAGGAUGAAAAAGAGUGAAGUAGGUAGUGCUAAAUUCAAACCAAAUAAGUGAGAAGUGCAGCGUAAAAAGAACUACUUGAAGUUGUUAAGAAUAAAAAUAUUACUUCGCACUGUGCAUUAGAAUAUUGUCUGCAGCAGAAGAAUGGUUUGAAAACAAAUUGUUGACGUUGUUGAAUCCAGUACUCUUUCAAAUUUGAAAUAGAGUUUUUAUAUGCAAAUCAUUGUUUCUAAUUGUGAUAUUGGCUGUUAUAGAUUUGUCAGAUUUACAUUUCGAAGCGUUUCAUCAUCUAUAGUCACAUGUGCUAAGAAAGGAAAAAAACUUUAAUAAAUUUGUAUAAAAAGCAA